AUGCCCAAGCAUUUCGAGAAUAUAUGCUCUGCCAUUGACCAGCUGCCGUCGGAUUUAGAUUUUGAUGUUCCGCCACUUUCCAAGGCGACUGGGCUUUCCCAGGAUUUGGGUUUAAUGCGGUCAGAUGCCAGCUGCGCUUCUAUACCUAACGAGCAGGACAGCCAGUCGAGCAAUGCCGAGCAGCAAGCGGUAACUCCAGGUACCUCAUUCAGUGAGCCGAAGAGGAGGAAAGGAUAA